AUGGCCAUCACCAAGUCUACUACCACUUUGCAGGUAGAAAGUAAGGGUUGGACAGUUGGCGCAAAGAUUUCCGGCUCAGGUGGUAAGAAAGACGUGUUGGGUGGUGGUGUUGAGCUGUCAGCAUCAUAUUCGAAUACCAAAACCAACAGCUACACGGAAACAAAAACCGUCUCCCACAAGGCGUUCUGUGAGCCUGGCUACGCGUGCCGAAUCGAAACAUGGACAAUCCAUUUGAGUGUCUAUGCCAAACCAGCUCACUGGCCGUAUUAUCAGUUGUGGAGUUUUGCUUAUGGCUACAAGGACCAAAGCUACCUCUGUUUCAUGGAGGCCGAACUGAGAGAUUGCAACCAAUUUACGGACAGGCUCGACCAGUGGUGCGAUCCUGACAAACACGGAUUGCUGGAGGGCGGUGGCAAUUGGGUCACAACGCACCCUCAAUACUACGACAUUGAGCUCAAGUUGCCGGUAUAUGAAGAAAAUGGCUUUCAGCCAAUGAGUCGAGUCGUGCUGGUCUCGGAGCCGAUUGCGAAGAGGCCGAGGGACGGGGUGUCAGAGGUUGCCGAGGGGGUAACUCUACAGGCUAUUACGGAGGCCUUGGAGAAAGGAACCAAGUUCCAGUUCCUGGAUUAA